GCUGUUUUUCGUGUCUUUUUAUCGAGAUUCUUUGUUAAAUCUGGACACCGAAAACAUAGGAAAUCUUAGGCCUGUGAGGUCAGCCAAGAAAUUCUGAUAGGUGACCUUUAGGAUUAACCUCACACUGUAUAUUUUUACUCCGAAAAUACAAUUUGCUCCAUAUUGGAACGAAAAACACAUGACUCUGUUUUUGGAAGUACAGUUCUCUAAAUGAAUUGGCUGUAAGUAACCAAGUUUCGGUGCUUUAACAUAAUUCGCACCGCGACAGAUUACCUUCAAGGGCGAAUGGUUUUGAAGAGGUCUGUUAUUAGUACGGAAACAGUUUACGGAAGUUUGCAAGGUAAUUUCUCAAUUUAUAGAACAGGAAGAAAUAUUUUAUUUGUUCAGUAGUUCAUGGACAAAUUUUAAUUAAUUUUUUGGGCGCAGAAACAGGCGUGUUGCAAGUUCAAAAGUUUUCCGUGCUAGUGCUAAAAAGUUAUCUGAUGUUUUAUUGAACGAAUUGUGCUUUGAAACUGCAAGCAAAUUUUGUUCAUGUAUGCAACCAUAAAUGAUUUUCUCAAGAGGGAUUUCGAAAUUGGUGUAACGGAAGAGGCUAUUGAUGUUUAUUUUUAAACUCAGAAAAGGAUGAGGCCACAGUUUGGAGGACAAUGGUUAGAAUGUUUAGAUUUCCUGCAGGGAAAUUAAGAUUUCAAAUGUGUUCAAUUAGUAUGUGUUCAAAACAAGAAGGACACGGCUUGCUUUUACAAGUUUCCCAAUAGCCAGUCUGUAUAUCACAUACUGAGAGAUUUUGUCCUUAAGACUGUGAGAAUUACACAUUAUAGUGAAUCAUUGCAUUGCCAGUACAAAUCUUAUUUCAGCACAGAUAAUCUCAUGUAGGAAUAAGGAUUUUUUGGAUUUAAACUUUCCGAAGCACCGAUUUUCUUUGAAGCCCCAUGUCUCUAAAAAUAAUGCUAGAGCAGUAACUUGAUAUCCUUUGUAAACAUUUUGAUGUUUGUCUGUAUAGCAACUAAAUCAUAAUCAAUUGUUAUCUGAGCUUCAGUAUCAUAUUACUUAAAACAAUUUAUUGUUAAAAGAACAACAAUGAUUAACAAACAAAGAAAGCUUUUUCUUCUCCUGAAAAAAUCAUAAUCAUUCUUUAAAACUGACUAUAUACAUAGAACUAUUUCCCAUCUCGUUGGAAAUUGGGUCUUAAAUUUAUAAAUUUUUAUUUAUGGUUUUUAAAGGUUAAUUCUUGCCAUUAGCUUGUUAGAUUGACAAAGAAUGCUGCAGCAAUGUAAAUGAACUUUUGCUUUUUCCCUGUUAGAUCUUUUAAGCCCUGGCCAAAGCCACUUGAUCUUUCCGAAUCUCCCAGAUUGUCUGAAAAUUUCAAAAUCUUUUCCUAGGCAAAAUUGAAUUCAAACAAUAUAUAGAUUCAUCAAUAAUUCUGAAGACAAAGACUGUGCCAUGAUUCCCAAAUGAUUUUUGUAACUAAAUUCCUCAAUGGAAUGAAUAUCAGCAUUAAUGAUCACGCAACCAAAGCCAGUUUCAAUUUUUCAAAGACAUCAUUGGUGUUGUCAACAUUUUAAUGGCCAAGUUCACAUACACACCAACAUGAAAAGUGUUAUUGACAACUUUGCUUCAGCAAUACAAUUAAAAGUAAGAUUACUACUUCUGUGAUAUUGAUAAUACCAGGCUUUGAUGAAAAAAUUUCUGCUAGUCAAUAUCAGCCAAAAUGAAAUUAAAUCACAUUUACCUGAUUGCAAGCAAUGUAUUGAGUUUUUUUCAUCAUUUACCUUCACUAAUGCUUGCAAAAGUUUUUCUGCCCCCCUUCUCAUGUGUAAAACAAUGGUGACUUUACCAGCAAUAUAAUUGAUAUUUGAUGGUUCAGGGCUCAAGCAAAGCCUGGCUAGGCUUGUGUGUUUAUCUGAAUUUUGAAGAAAGUGCCUGCCAGUUCUCUUAAAAUUUUUCAAACCUGAAAAAAACAUUAACAGAAUUGACCAACAAGCCUUUUGAAAGCUCUUAUAGAAAUACUCUCAGAUUUUUUUAUUCUACAGCCCAAGGCAUUUUUAUUUUAUGACUAAAGAAAUAGUACAAAGAAGGAACUAUUAAGCAGGUUGAAAAGUAAACAGCCUAUCAAUUUCAAAGCUGUUCUCAAAGUAUUUGCCACAGUGAAGGUAAAACUUAAGAAUAUAUCAGCUGUGUAAUUGUGAGAGCUGAUGAUUGUGAUAAAAAUAGAGGCAGGGUAAUACAAUUCUAAGUUAAGUUACCUAUUUAAACAAUUGUACAUGUUGUAAUGCAUUCAAGAUAAGGAUGAGUUUUUUUAGUUUCCUUCUGAAACCGUAAGUGCAUUGUUCAUAAAUGUAAUUUAAUUAUUAAUCACUCUUUUGUUUGAAAAUUAAUGGAUACUCUACUCUUGUCAAGCUGUAGAGAGAAUGAUUGGAAAUCUUAAACAAAGCCUGUCUUGAAGAUUGACAUGUUUUGAGUUUUUUUGCAGAUAGAAACAAUUUUUUAAGCAAACUUAUCAAUAUACUUAUCAUUUUAAUUGGGAAAUUUCCCUUUAAGCAGUUCCAAUCUGAGAUAAAGUUGUAGACUGGACUCAACUGUUGUCAAUUUUUGAAAUAAUGAAAUUUUUUCCACAUUAAGAUCUCAGAAACAAACCACACCAAGUCUUUGUGUACUGUAACUUUAUAUGCUAUCACCCAUCAGUUCUCUGUGAUGCAAUCCAGUAAGAUACUUUUUCAGCAUAUGGUUUUUGGUGCAAAGCCAGUAACCAUUUCUGUCACUGAUUGUCACAAAUGUGACUCAACCGUAUUGACUUAGGGAAUUUUCAGUGAAUUCUCAGGUGCCAAUUGCACCUUGAGGUCUAAACUACUAAACCUCUUUUAAUCAUGUGGCUUAACUGACCACAUAUGGUUUUACCAAUUGGUUUAUUGGUCGCAGAUGUAAGAAUACCCAUUAAUUGACUUGAAAAACUUUGUUAGCAUGGUACUCUAUAACUUUAAAGCUUUGAAUCAAACAGGAUAACUCCGCAUUCAUUGGUGCUUUUGUUGAGUGGGUUGUUUUUGGUGUCACUAAAAACUAAGCAUGGAGUCAAGACAAAUAUUAAUCGAACAGGAUGAGCAGUAAGGGCAAGGAUGAUUUGGAGGAAAACACCAUGGGUGACAGCCUUGUUAAUGGAAGAGGCAGCAUUGGUAGUCGCUCGUUAUCAGGGUCGUUUACGAAAUCUCGUAAAAACAGUCGAAUUGCCACCGUAAAGCCGGUUACGAAGUGUCUGUCUUCUUCCGAAGAAGAUGUGACGAAGGGAACUAAAAUCCCUACAAAGGACGCCUCUUCGCCCCGAAUUGCCAAAUUGUUGAGCAAAGAUAUGUCUUCAUUAGACAAAGAUUCGAUUGUCGCUGAAUUGGAGAAGUGCUUGUCCGAACUGGAGCAGAACGAAAACCCAUACGCUUCUCUGACUGAUGAAUAUAAAAGAAUGGAGGAAGAGCGGGACGAGCUCGCCAAAGAGCUAGAAAAUGCGUUCGGGGACCUUGAGGGUUAUAUGCACCAUGUACGAGAGGUCGAGUCUGAGCGGAAGGCAAUCGAGGCUGAUCGGGAUGAGCUGGCAAAGGAGGUUGAAAAUUUAAAGUAUUGCCUGACGCAUCGACAAGAAGUCGAGGAAAACAGCCUUAAAUUGGGAAAGGAAGCUGUGGAAGCACAGCUGAAAGACGUUAAUGCAGAGAACGAAAGAAUGAAAGAGCAAAUAAACGAAUUACUUGACGAGCGCCAGUCUUUGAUCGAAAGCUUAUUGAAUCUUCAUUCAAGAGAGGUCGAUGACGUCAUCCAGACUCGGAGUCGAUCUUGUAGCGUCGUAUCAAAUGAUAGCGCAUCAUCGUCCUCGUUGCUACGCGGUGAAUGUAUGGAGCUGCGGGACCGUGUACAAGAGGCUGAGGAGGCUGAAAUGAAAAUGACGCAGGAGCUGGCAAAAUGCAAGGAGUACCUACAAGAGAGUCUGCAAGAAAAGCUAAGUUUGGAAAAGAAAAUUAAAGAGUUAGAUGAGGAACUUUCAAAAGUUGAGGCAGAGAAUGAUCAGCUUAAUGAUGAACUGGAUGAUAAGAAUGAUACGGUUAUGGAAAAUAUCAAGGCAAAGGUUGACACAAUCGAAAAAUUAAGAAAGGAGGUCACUAGAUUGCAAAACGAAUUAGCGAGCACAGAUGCUAAAAAUGAGAGGAUUGCAAAAGGUAGGAUUUCAGAAGAGUCAAAGCUGCAGAAGCUUCAAGAGGAGAAUUCAAGGUUGAGGACAGAACUUGAUGAAAGCGAGGCAGAAUGCGCAAGGUACAGAGAACGGGAGAUGACAAAUGAGAAGGAGCAUUCUUUGUUCAAAGAUCGUGCAACAAAUGAUUUUGUAGCAAUUGAGAAUGAAAACAAGGAAUUGAAGGAUAAGGUUUUUGAACUUGAGGAUCAGGUUUCUGGCUUUGAGGAGCUUCAAAAAGAGUUGUUGAGUUCUCGAAAGGAGAAAAGUGUUAUCGAAAAGCAAAUGGCUGACAUUGGAGAGAAAUUGCUAAAUGAAAGGGCAUUGGGUAGAAAGCAAAAAGCCGAUAUGCAAAUGGAGAUUGACCAACUUACAGACGAGCUUGCAGACGAAAGAAAGAGAAUGGAGAGUAAAGAUGAUGAAGCAACCAAGGUGAACGAAAUGACGAAACAGGUUGAAAACUUGAAAAUAGGAAAACGAAAACUUGAAAUAGAAAUGCGAAGUCUGAAGAAGGUCGUGGAAAAGAAUAAAGAAGAACUUGGAAGUCAGGUCGAAGAAAGAGAAAGAGAAUUGAACGACAAGGAACAGAAAAUCGUUGAAUUGGGUGAUGUUGUUGAUGAUUUAAGAAAGGAGUUAGAAGAAACUACGGCUGGGAAGAAAGCAUUCGAAAGUCGAAAAUGCGAAGCUGAGGCCAAGAUUUCAAGGAUAAAAGAGGAGUUUGGCAAAGAGAGGAAGGCUUUGUCUUUGGAAUUAAAUUCAUUAGAAAAAGCGAAAGAAAAACUGCAAUCAGAAGUGAAAGAUUUAAUUUCAGAACUUAAUGUAAUAAAAGAUGAACUGUCAAAAGAAAAGGGUCUGCGUGAAAAGACAGAAAAGGAAAAAGAUAAUUUUGAGAAAGAGCUUAAGGAGUUGAGAAGCACGUCUGUGGAAAGUAAGAAGAAAUUAGAAUUGGAGUUGAAAUCGUUGAGGGAUAGUGAGAGGUUGUUGAAUGAUCAAGUUAAGGCUGCUGCCGGGAACGAAGAGAAACUUCGUCAAUCAAAUUACAGCAUCAGGGAACUGGAGCAGUCGCUGUCUGAUGCUGUUAAAGAAAAGAAAGAUGUUGAAAACGAGGUAUUAUCUCGUUUUGAGGAGGCAAAGAAACACCAUGAAAGUGAAAAGCAGAAGCUAGCAGGGGAGAUUAGUGAACUGCAAAAGAGGUUGUUUUCGGAUGGUAGCGGAGAAAAACAUGUACUGAAGUUGAAAUCGAAAUUAGAGGAUAUGAAUAUAUUUAUUGAGCGAGCGGAAACAAAGGUAAAGGAACUAGAAGGAGAGUUAAAAUACACGAAGAAGCAAGCGAGUGAUUCAGAGAAUGUUGCCAGCGCUCUUCGAAAAGAAAAGAGCGCGUUGCAAUUGGAGACUAGUAGUUUGAGGUCUGAACUAGCUGCUGUCCGGGGUGAUUUUGAUAAAGUAACGAGGCAACUACGCAAUGCUUGUGCAGAUCUUGAAAAGGCAAUCGGUGAAAAGAAACUGUUUAAAGAGCAGUUAGAAUAUUCAAAGUUUGAGCUUGAAAAUGCGAGCACACUACAGAAGCUGAGUAAAGAAUCAGAAGAGACGUUGUUGUCAGAAAAAAUAAACUCGCAUCUACAGAAGCAUGAGGAGCUGCGAAAUGAUUUGCAGCUUGAAAUUAAACGGUUAAAGGAAGAACAAAAGAUGAUAGAGAAUGAUUUAGGUGUGACAAAAAUGCAUUUAGAGCAGGCUCAAGACAAAGAACUUAAGUUCAUGCAUUCAAUCAAUGGCUUAAGUGAAAAUAUCGAGCGUCUGAGACGAGAUAAAAGCAAUUUAGAAAUGGCUUUGGAAUCUGCAAAGACUGAGAAUUCGGAGUUGUCUGGAAAAAUUCGAAAGAUGUCACAGUUGCAGAAUACACAGGGCCAAGAUGCUUCUAUGAAAAGUUUUAGCGAAGAAAAUGAGGCACUUAGGCAAAAAUGCAGUUCACUUGAAGACGAUCUAGCAAAAGCUUACGCAAAUAACAAGACAAUGCUCGAUAAGGUAAGAAGCACAGAAGAGACAAACGCAAACGCUCUUCGAAGUCUUAAAGCAAGGAAAACUGAGCUGCAGUUGCAGCUUGCAAAUGUACAGCAUGAAAAAGAGGAUCUUGAGAAAGAGGUUAAAGUGCUGAAGGAAUCAUUAGCACGUCGGCAAGAUGAUAUUGCUGAUAAGGAGGCUAAGUCAGUUAAUGGAGAAGAGGCUGUGACAAAAUUUCAGGCUCAAAUUGAGCAAGUAAAAGAAGAACUCAGUGAAUGUCAAUCAAAAGUUACUCGGCUAGAUGACGAGAAUCAGGGAUAUAAGGAAAAGCUUCGAGAAUCGGAGGAGCUUAUUUUAGAUCUUCAAAAAGCAGUUGCUCGUGCGAAUGAUGUAGCAAUGGAAAAAGCCUUGGAAGUGUCUCGUCAGAAGCGAUUGUUCGAAAAAAAGUACGAAAAACUACUUAAAGAAAAUUUUAGCUAUCGAAAACAGCUGUAUUUUGAUGCGUCAAACUUAACGGAGAGUGGAAAAAACUAUCACGAUCGAUCAUUUUCAGAGCUUGCGUGGCAAACGCGGGGAAACGCGGAUAACUUUGUAGAAACACCUGUAAAUGAUCGCAGUAAAAAUUCAGAAAAUUUGGGACAACAGAAAAAGUCUGCCGGUGAACUGCACAGAAUCAUCGUUCGUGACAUAGAAAAGGGCGUUUCGCUGUCAAGAAGUGGCUCUGCUCCUGUAACUCAACGCGAAUUAGAGCUAAAACCCAUCAAAACAAAAAUCACAGCAGGCUCCGUGACGCCGCCGGUUAAGUAUUUCUCGGAUACGGAUUCAGUUGGCAGCAAACCGGAUUCUAGUGACGGGGACAAUGCACCGCCAUCGCCACGGUUGCAGAAGUCAUCGCCGCCAAUAUAUGAUGAAACUAGCAGGGAAUCUGUUUUGAAAGACCACGACGUCAAGGGAAUCCCCCAACCUAACAAAAUCCAUCGACCAAUCAAAUUGAAGGAGAUCAAGUUCCCGAGUCUCUCGCCUGCACCAGAGCGUCGAGCUGUUGAUGCGCAUGCCCAAAACAGGCGAAGUCCGGUAAUGCGGAGUCCCGCCAUGAGGAGCCCUGGGAGACGAAGUCCUGCUCUUGUUGAGAAGGAAAAGUCGAAGCAUCCAGCUGGCAAGGAAAGAAUGGAGCAUUGGGUAUAGUAAUAUGUACACCUGUCUAAAAGAUAAUGCUGAAAUAGCAUUAGUAUUGCAAUACCAGUCCUAUGAAUCUUAUAUUAAGCCCAAACCGGCCAGUUAUGUUUUUAAAUAGUUUCGCAGAACCAAUUGUAUUUUAGGGCGAAUUUUAUUUACCUUUCUUAAACUUGAAAAAGAAUUUGCAUUCUAUUGGGGAUGUAACAUUCAAAGUCAACAAGACACUAGACCCGGUAAGAUGUUCUUCCGGCGUCACCUUAACCUUACUUUUGAAAUGUUUCAUGACAAAGAUGCAAAGGAAGUAUAAGGCUAUUUAAUACUGCUAUGACAACCAUUCUUUCCCAUCACUUUUUCCGCUUUUUGCUUGAGACAAUUGAGCAUUCACCUAUCUUUUUAUUAAGUUUGCAAUUCAUCGGUUUUUUUUACGUACUUUUAUUCCAUUCUACAUUAACUUUUCGUAUAAUCAAAGUCGCCUAUAAACAGGGCAUGUUCCAAAAGACAUAAACAUCUUUCUGUGGAACAGCUAUUAAGUCUGACGUAACAUUUUUUGAAUAAAAAGUCCCUUAUAAGACUCAAUAUAUUGACUUUUCCACAAAUACUUAGUUGUUUUUGCUUUCCGUCUCAUUUUAGAAGGAUGUGAAUAUAUUAUCAUUGCUCAUAUAUACACACGCGCGCUGUUUAGGCAGAUUUAGUUAAAACAACUCUUCUCGUCGAAUGCUGUCCUGAAAUCAGUUAUCGCAUCUCGUAAAUUUAGAUGUUCAAUUUAUACAAACCCAUUUUUGUUUUAUAAUACGAUGUAGUUUUGAAAUGUGUAUAUCCUGUUCAUAAUCAAUAUUUCAUGCCUUGUUAGUUCAAGAUUUGGUAGUUUCCUAAGUAUACAUGCAUGUAUGAUCUAUGUAUGUUAUUAGCAAAUGAAAGUGAAUCGUCAGUAAUGCCUCUACUUUCACCGAGAUGAAGUAUGCUUCGCACAAUUCAAAUACUCUAAAGGUUUUCGAUAGCCCCCUUUGUAACGGCCCUUUCUUCUCGAAUGAACGCUGUUCAGUUUCAAUGCUUUAAGAAAAAAUACAUUCAUAAUAUUGUUUAGCAAUAUUAUUUGCCGAUAUUGAAAUGGUCUAGUCCUUUGGUUGGCAGAAAUUCCGUGCCAAGAAGCUAUUCUCCUCAUUAAAGUGUCCUAAAUCAUAUUACAUAAAUUUUGUGUCCUGAUUCAUAUUUUCAUAUGAAACAAAUCGUCGCCGCUAUGAUAUUCUGAAAGGUUACACUGGCUUCACUGUCACUGAUGAACUCCGGUGUCUAUAAGGCCAAUCAGGGUUUAAGAAUUGCAUACAGCAAGGCAAGGUGCCUACGCGAAUUCCUUUCAUUUUUCGUAAAACAUUCGACUCCAAGUGUUUCAUAUAUCUUAAUUUUUUGUAAGUUUCACUGAAUUGUAUCAAAAUAAUAUUAAUGUAUAAAGAAACUGA